GUGUGACGCAGCCUCCCUGCAGGGAGAACCGGUUGUGUUGCCUCGCUCUCCUCCCCGAAGCAUGUGACCAUGUGAUCAGAGUCACUGCAGCCAGACAGAGCGAGGAAACUUGUGACCAAAACAUCAGGAGAAGCAGCUCGGUGCCCUGCGAGAUAAAAAGUGUACCCGGACUCCCAGCCUUCCUUCACUCUCUGCACCUCCGUCGCUCAACAUGGACUGCGGGAUCUUCACCUCCAAGACCGUCCUGCUCUUCCUCAGCCUGGUAUUCUGGGCUGCAGGAGUGGUGUUGGCCUACGUCGGAGCCCAUAUAAUCAAGAGCUAUGACAACUUUAACAGUUUCAUCCAGGACAAGUACACGUUGGUCCCAGCCGCUAUUAUCAUCGGCAUCAGCGUGGUGAUGUUUAUUUUUGGCCUGGUUGGAUGCUGUGCUACACUCCGGGAGUCCAAAGUCGGACUCAGCUUUUUUUUUCUGAUCAUCAUGGCGAUCUUUGCCGCUGAAGUGGCUGCUCUGGUGUUGAGCUUUAUCUACAAAGGCAAGAUAAACGCAGACCUGGAGCGCUCUAUGAGUGAAGUCUUCGUGCAUUAUGAUGGACAGACUACUGAGACCAAAGCUGUUGACUACCUGCAGACUCAGUUGCAGUGCUGUGGUGUCAUGAAUUACACCAGCUGGUCCAACACCACCUGGUCUAACAGCCACAACAACACCGUGCCUCUGUCCUGCUGUAAAAACAGAACAUCGCAGUGCCCAGGCAGAAUGGACCAACCAGACCUGCUGAACACACAGGGCUGUGAGGUGAAGCUGGGUCAGCUCCUGCAGGACGUCUUGAGUUACGCCAUGCUUGUCAUUCUGGGCUUCGCCAUCAUCAAGUUCUUUGGCAUGCUGAGCGUGUGUGUGAUCACCUGUAAAACUGGCAACCGGAGGAGUGGCUACCAGCCUCUGUAUGCCUGAACCACUUCCUGCAACCACCAACCACCUCUUCAUUUUACUAGACUAGGUUUGCUGACCACUCACUCAGCAGUGCACGUCCACAUCCAGGCAAAUAACUGUAAUAAUGGCAUAUGAAGAAUAGAUAACUGGCAGACCUUUUCUCAACAUAAAGGGGAUCCCUCAAGAGCAUUUAAACACAAAUAUAUUCUUGGACUUGUGAAAUAAUUUUGCUUAAAGUGGCUUUUAAGUUCUACAUUUCUCUCCCUUAUAGUGUCUCAGCCCAACUACUGUAUCAUUCUUUGAAAUUAUGGUGGCUAAGGGCUUUAAACUUUAUUUUAACCUUUUGUGAUUGUGAAAGCACAGCGGUGUAAUGCCUUAUUUAGGGAUGCAAUACAGUAUAUAUUUAAAUAUAAAGGUCAGAUAACUGUUUUGGAUUAUGUGACAGUUCUACAUAGCAUGACGUUGGUUGUGUUUAUUAUAUUUCUAAAUUAAAAAGGUGAACAUUUCACAGUACUUUAGUGUUGUGUGGAGUUACAUCACAUUAUUUUUGCCUUGUAUUCCGUGUUUUUUGUGUGUUUUUGACAUCCUGUAAUUUUUAAAUAGUUUUCAAAGAUUUUACCAUUUCGCACAUAUACUACAUGUAACUAUGGAAUUUUGGAGACACAGUUGUGUCUAAUCCUAUAGUCAUUGUUAUGCAAAAACGGCUUUCUAGGUUAUUUUCAAAAAGCUGGUUAUUUUUGCACUAGACCAGUAUUGCAGUUGUACAUUUGGAACAUCAUAUGAAACAUGUCGCACAGUGGUUAUCUCUCCCCUUUUACCUCCUGACUCUGCUGAUAAAGAGGCCCUUUCCGUAGACAUACGCAAGCUAGGAGUGUUUAUCUUACAUAAGCCUUACUGUUCAAAAAGAUAAAUGAGAACAUAAACGCAUGUCUAGGUUCAUCAUAGUCAUCAAUCCUUACAGCACAGGUUACAGAAUUGGUCAGCUGUUGAUGAGGCUGUCAUAUAACUGAUUCCAACCAUUAAAAUGUAAAGUACC